UCCUCGGCGACGCUGGAGGGGCGACCGCGCUGGCCGCUGCCCACCGGAGCCGGGCUGGGAGGACGGCCCGCAGCGCGCCGGGGGAUGCGGCCUCAGAAGGGCGGAGGCUGAAGCAUCCCGUGCUCGCCGCGCGUCGCUCCGCGCCUCCGCCUCGCUCCGGCCCGAGCUGCAGGAGGGAGAACGCCGACUCCGCGGCAGGUGAGGGACGCGCACGGAGGCCGGCAGCCCCGCGGGGCCCGCACGGGAGGCGCCAGGGAAGUGAAUAAACUUAAUUGAGAAUGUCUGAAAACCCUGACAAGCCCAAUAUAAAUGAAGCAGGAAAAUCAAAAUCGAAUGGUUCUGAGCAAGACCUUGAAGAUGCUGUGGAAGGUUCUGAUGAAGCUUUACAGAAAACAAAGUCGGGCUCUCCCAGCACCCGAAGAGUGCAAAGACCUCACUCUAGUCCUCCUCGAUUUGUGACAGUAGAAGAACUUCUAGAGACAGCGAAAGGAGUCACUAACAUGGCUUUAGCCCAUGAAAUUGUAGUAAAUGGAGACUUUCGGAUUAAACCGGUUGAAUUACCAGAAGACAGCUUGGAGAAGAGAGUAAAGGAGAUUGUACAUAAAGCUUUUUGGGAUUGCUUGAGUGUCCAGCUAAGUGAAGACCCUCCAACAUAUGACCAUGCCAUCAAACUUGUUGGAGAAAUCAAAGAGACACUCUUAUCUUUCUUGCUGCCUGGUCACACUAGACUGAGAAACCAGAUAACAGAGGUCUUGGAUCUGGAUCUGAUAAAGCAAGAAGCAGAGAAUGGGGCCUUAGACAUUUCAAAGCUGGCAGAAUUCAUUAUUGGCAUGAUGGGGACCCUGUGUGCACCUGCUCGAGAUGAGGAAGUCAAGAAACUAAAGGACAUUAAGGAAAUUGUGCCCCUUUUCAGGGCAAUUUUUUCUGUGUUGGACCUAAUGAAAGUGGACAUGGCGAACUUUGCUGUCACUAGCAUUAGGCCGCAUCUCAUGCAGCAAUCAGUUGAAUAUGAAAGGAAGAAGUUUCAGCAGCUUUUGGAGAAGCAGCCAAAUUCCCUGGACUUUGUCACCCAAUGGCUGGAAGAAGCCGCAGAUGACCUUAUGAAUCAGAAGUAUAAAAAUGCUCUGCCAGCUGGGGGAGGGGCCACUGGCUCUGAGGAUAGUCCCAUGCCAAAUCCUGUGGCUGUCCAGAAUUAUGCCUACCUGAAGCUUCUGAAAUGGGACCACCUGCAGAAACCUUUCCCCGAAACCGUGUUGAUGGACCAGGUUCGCUUCCAAGAACUCCAGCUCCAACUGGAGCAGCUGACCAUCCUGGGGGCCGUGUUGCUGGUCUCUUUCAGCAUGGCAGCCCCAGGAAUUUCCAGCCAGGCUGACUUUGCUGAGAAACUCAAGAUGAUCGUGAAGAUUCUGCUAACAGAUAUGCAUCUGCCCUCCUUCCAUCUGAAGGAUGCCCUGACUACCAUCGGGGAGAAGGUCUGCCUGGAGGUGAGCAGCUGCCUUGCCCUGUGUGGGCUCACUCCCUUCACCGCGGAAAAGGAGGCCGUGCUCAAGGGCCAGAUCCAGGCUGUGGCCAAUCCCGACGACCCCAUCCGCAGGAUCAUGGAUUCCCGAAUCCUGAUCUUCUUAGAGAGCUACCUUGCCACAGGUCAUCAGAAGCCAGUGCCCACGGUACCCGGGGGAUUGGGCCCGGUUCAGAGAGAGCUGGAGGAAGUUGCUAUUAAAUUUGUGCGCCUGGUCAACUACAACAAGCUGGUCUUCAGUCCCUACUACGAUGUCAUCCUCAGUAAGGUCCUCGUCCCGCCCUAGCGCAUCCGCGCUCCGUAGCCGCUGCCGCAGUACUAGCCUCCUGGUCCAGUACCUGUUCUCCACCAUAAUGUUGCUUUGGAAAAUGGCUAUUUAGUACAUCUCUGUGUAACAGCCCUGAUUCCAAAAGGAGGAUUAUCGUGUAUCACUGUUGAAAAGAGUUGUUGAAAAGCGCACUGAAUUCUGUUUUGAAGGUUUGUAUUGAUGAGUGCAAGUUUACAAAUCAAGAAGCUUCCUGUUAUCCUGAGUUUGAGGUAGCUCUGCUACCGCCGUGGUCUGCGCCUGACGCUGUCCUGAUUCUAGCUGCCUUGUCUUUCCCAGGGGGCUGGGGCCUCUCUCCUGCCCCCUGGGUCCUUUCUCUUUAGGACACCCGAGAAUGAGAGACCGAGCCAUGACAGUGUUGAGACUCUUGCCCCUCUCUGGCACACCCCCCACUGUCCCCUCCAGCUAUUUUGUGUUAGAAGGGCUAUGCAUAGUCUUACUGUCCCCCGCCCCCCCAGGCGGCCCCCAUAUAGGGCUUUCUCCCCCUGCCUGGCCUAGCCAGAGCUCCGGAGCCCUUUUGCUCUAGAGGAGAUUUAAUUGAUUUUAAAAAGCUUAUUCUUUUAUACAGAAUUAUUCCUGAGCCUGGAUGACAGCAGUUAUGACUUCUGGGAUCUAGAAGAAAGGAGAUUCUUUGACUUUUAAGCUUUGAAAGUUAAGGAGGAAAUAUUUUUUUAAACUAUAUAUAUGUUGGUGUAAUUUAAAAGACAGAUGUCUGAAGUUUUUACUGAGAAAUUCACUCUGAUACAAUACACAGAUGUAUUGAUUGGAUUUGAAUUUGAGAAAUAGAUUUCAGUGUUUUCAGAUAUAACAGUAAGAGUGUAAGCUCACUUGGAUAAGGAAGUCAUAGAAAAUCCCCGGUUGUGAAGCACUAUUUUUUGAGAAACUUCAGUGAUUGGAAUUCCUGACAUAUCCUGUGACUGAAAGGGUAGUCGAGGUCAGAUGGAUGACCCGCUAUGGUAAAAAAAUAAGUAAAAGGUGUGUGUGUGUGCAUGGGUGGGUGUAUGUGUGCGUGGGUGGUGUGUGUUUUAGACAGGGACAUUAUAUUAGAAGCAGAGCCAUGAAGUCGAGCGUGAACUCCAAGUGCUGGAACAGCAAAAGGCAAGAUAAUGCAAGGAAUCCCUUAAAGCUGGUGAGGGGUUGCGGAGGGGCAGGUCGGCUUGGCAGCCUCCGCGAGAGGAACGUUCACUGUGUAGACUCACCGUGAGGGGUACCAAGCUUCAGGAGCAGGAACGGUUAUGGCGGGGGGAUGUGAUUGUUCCAAAUACGUGCUACAAACUGUGUUCUAAUGGUGUUUUUUACUUGCAGUCAGAAAUACAUGCUGUGUUAUGUGGUCAGAAA